GCUGACGAGUACAAAGAAGAUGAUGAUCUCUGGCGGUGGAAGAAAAAAUCAAUUUUCUUUGACUUACCUUAUUGGAAGGAUAUGCCUGUUAGGCAUAACAUAGAUGUUAUGCACGUGGAGAAAAAUGUCUCUGAUGCAUUGCUAUCUAUUCUGAUGCAUAGUAGGAAAUCAAAGGAUGGCCUCAAAGCAAGAAAAGAUUUAGAAGACAUGGGUAUUAGAAGCAACUUGCAUACUGAAGUUAGGGGAAAGAAGACUUAUUUGCCUCCAGCUGCGUAUUGGCUUUCUAAGGAAGAAAAAAAGAAAUUUUGCAGAAGGUUAUCCAACUUCAGAGGCCCUGAUGGUUACUGUGCCAAUAUCUCCAACUGUGUCUCACUGGAUCCUCCCUCUAUUGGCGGCAUGAAGUCACAUGACCAUCAUGUUGUAAUGCAGAAUCUGUUACCGGUUGCGUUGAGAGGUCUACUUCCACGAGGUCCUCGUCUUGCAGUGACUUGGAUAUGCAAUUACUUCAACAGACUGUGUCAACGCAUCAUUGAUCCAGAGAAGAUUAUUAAACUAGAAGAAGAAAUUGUGGAGACAAUGUGUCAGCUAGAGAGAUACUUUCCUCCAUCUCUGUUUGAUAUCAUGUUUCAUCUUCCACUCCAUCUAGCAAGAGAAGCACGCUUGGGUGGCCCUGUACACUUCAGGUGGAUGUAUCCCUUUGAGAGGUAUAUGAAGACACUAAAAGCUUUUGUCAAGAAUUUUGCAAGACCAGAAGCUUGUAUGGCCGAGGGUUAUUUGGCUGGUGAAUGCCUUGCAUUUUGUAUGGAGUUCCUGCAGAAAUCUGUUCCAGUUGAAGAAGCAAUGACACGAAACGAAGAUGUUGAGACGACUCAGAAUGUUCUUGUAGGCCGAACGCUGCAUAAAGCAACAGAAGUGAGUCUUACUGACAAAGAGAGAGAUUUUGCUCACCGGUAUAUCCUCAUGAAUACUGCAGUGAUCGACCCUUAUGUUCAGAUGCAUUUAGAAGAACUUCAAAAUUCGGAUGUAAGAUGUGCAAAAAAUGAAACCAUCUUAUGGAAGUAUCAUACAAAAAGGUUUUCACAGUGGAUUAAAGAGAAGAUACCAAAUAACUCCAAGGACCAUUCGCAAAGGCUGAGAUGGCUUGCUUUUGGACCAAGAAAUAUUGCUCACACCUACAGGGGAUUUGUAGUUAAUGGCUAUCGAUACCAUACAGACGAUAUGCAGAGGAAGACACAGAACAGUGGAGUAGCAUAUGAAGCCUUUUCGAUGUGCAGAGCUAGUGCCAAAGAUUCGAGGCAACAGGCUGAUAUAGUAACAUACUAUGGCGUGAUAAAGAAGAUCAUUUUGCUUGACUAUCACAUGUUUCAAGUGCCUUUGUUUAGGUGCAGUUGGGCUCAUAAAGGUAGAGGACUUAAAGAGGAAGACGGUUUCACACUAGUGAAUCUCCAUAUGAACCAGUCAACAUUUGCAAACGAUCCGUACAUUAUGCCUGCGCAAGCUAAACAAGUGUUCUAUUCUAGAGAGGAAGAUAGCUCUCCUUGGUAUGUAGUGAUGAGAGCACCACCACGAGGGUAUCAUGAGUUAGAGACAGAAGAAGAGAUUUGUUCUGCAACGUUAGCAGUCCAGCCUGAAGAAGAUAUGGGAGAUCAAUCAUCCGAUGACGAGAGUUUCUGUGUUAGGAAUGACUGUGAGGGUCAACUAAUAUAUGAAUAAUGAUGAGUUUGUUUUUCUUUCAGGUUAUUUGGUGCAAUGAAUUCCAAAGCUGUUACAGGGAAGUGCCAUCGCAGUAAACGCCAAGCAGGUCUUGAUGUUAGUCCUGAGGUUUCUUUAGUUAAGAAAAAACCCAAGAAAAAUGCUACGAUCCCAACCCUGGACGAAGACUAUCAUUCAGAAGAAGAAGCAGAUCAUCAGGAAGUGGAAGAAACAGAACCUGAAAAAGUCGAUGAAACUGG